AUGCCACAUGGAGCCAGGGUGGCCUACCACGUGGUCACACGGGGAAGCCCCCUACAAACAGGUGUCUUUUUUUUUUUUUUUUUGUUGAGAACCAUCCCUGUUUUUGUUGCAUGGAUAUAUUUUGAGUUUUUAGAAUAUAAGAAGUCUUCAUCUCCCUCUAAAGUUCAUUCAGACAAUAAUCUGGUUGAAUUGGGAAGUGAGACAAUCAAGGAAGAUGAUCGGGCUAUUUUACUGGAAGGAGGUCUUACAAAAUCAGCAUCUACAAAGUUCAAUAGUUCAUCCAUCAAAGUGAACUUAAUUAGGUUUUUAACAAUGGAUGACUUCUUCUUGCUGGAAAACCGAUUAACUUUGAGAGCAAUGUCUCAGUUUGGGGCAAUUCCGACAUACUUCUACGUAUGUGACUGCACAGAGUUACUGGGUGACUCUACUAAGAACUACAAUCGCGACCUCUUCAUCUUUCUCUACUUGCUUCUCAUCAUAGUUUGUUUUAUGACUUCUCUUAAGAAACAUCAUGACAAGUCAGCGUUCUCCAGAAAGGCCUUACUUUAUCUUAACCGGCAUCAAACUGAGGAGUGGAAAGGAUGGAUGCAGGUUUUAUUUCUAAUGUACCAUUACUUUGCUGCUGCGGAGAUAUACAAUGCAAUUCAUGUCUUUAUUGCUGCAUAUGUCUGGAUGACUGGAUUUGGAAACUUCUCCUAUUAUUACAUUAGGAAGGAUUUUAGCCUUGCACGUUUUACACAGAUGAUGUGGCGGCUAAAUCUCUUUGUGGCAUUUUGCUGUAUUGUUCUUAACAAUGACUUUAUGCUAUACUAUAUGUGCCCCAUGCACACGCUUUUCACUCUUAUGGUAUAUGCAACCCUUGCU